AUGGCCCCGACGAGGUGGGUGACGGCGCUGGCGUUGUCGCUGGCGGCCAAGCAGUGGCGACGCUCGCAGCGGCGCCCAGGUGACCAGCUGGAGGGUCACCAAGCGGAUGCGGACGCGGCCCGCUUUGGGGCGGCCGACAUCGGGAUGCUCGGCAAAGGCUCCGAGGUGGUCCUGCAGGAGUCGGCGGGUGAGCUGUCGGCCGAUGCCACUACGGACUGCGUCAUGGGUGACUUCACGGAGACUAGCUGGAGCGCUGGCCUGGCAGCAACAUUGAGCGGAUCAAGCGUGGGUCUUCAGACGCUCGGCGGGAGGGUCGCAGUCAACCACGGUGGAUGGAUUGGCUGCGGCGUGGGCCUGGUGACCCACGACCACGAGCUGCUCAAGCGCGCCCUGAAGAGCCUCGGCCCGGAGAGGGCCAUGAGAGAGGUGGACGGCGGUGGGCUGCCCGCCGUGUUCUACGCCGUGGAGCUCGGUUAUAUGGAGCUGGCGCACACGCUGCUCGUGGAGGGUCACUGCUUGACUGUCGAGCUGGCAGACCGCGUCCUGAACGUGAUCAAGGACAAGGGUCCGACCAGGGCCGCCUGCCUGCGCGUGUUCCAGAUGGCCUGCGAGAUCGUCUCCAACGGCUGCGGGGCGGGCACCAGCCAGCUCAAGUCCGAAGGAGUUGCCUUGUUCAUCAAGCCCUGGUGCGCGUCCUUGCCCGCAUUGAACUUCUUCCAGCCGCGGAAAGAGCUGUUUGCGCGCUUCCGUUCUUUGUGCAAGGCGAGCUGCAAGCGCAUCUUCGAUGACAUUGACAGCAAGGCCAUAGGGACGGCCGAUAUGCGCGUGCUGAUGGAGGUUGCGAAGGGACUCCCAGCCGAGUCGUGCCGCCAGGACGACGAGGGCCUGCUGCCGCCGCUGGACUGGUCGUUAGGCGAUGGCGACAGGGCGGACAUUGGCAUCCCAGAGAUGACUGCCAUCGAUCACGAAUUAAUCGCGUGCAGGACACUCUCCCUGCUCGCCAUCGCGCUGGACGGCGUGUUCCAGGCGGACAUGGAGAAGCUGGCGCCGAAGUCGCCCUUCGGCGCCGAAGGUCCGCCUGCUUGUCAACCCCGGCCGCCGAAACCAUUCUCCGCCGUGCAGAGUUGGCUGCUCGCGCUGCCGCGCAUGGACGACCUGGACGCGAAGAUGCCGCGAGCAAUGGAGGAACCCCCACGGGCGGGGAGGUGCGACUUCGUGUGCGAUCGCCCCGAGGUGCUCAAAGCGGUGCGCGGCCCCAGCGUACCGCGUCAUCUCCGCCAGGAACACCCACGCGCCGUCUCCAGGGGAGCCCCGCGGCUCCGAACGGGUCGUGACACUCCAUGUGGCCUACGAGCCGUCGCUGACAUUCGGCGACGUCUUCGGUGUUGGCCACCUGUCCGUGGACGGGCUGGAAGGAACACCUUCGCUUCAGGCCAGGGAUGAGAACGCGAAGGCUUGGAUCCGAUAUCGGGGGGGCACGCGGGCACCUCUGCGCUGGGGGAGCCGGCCGAGUGGGCCAUGGCGUUGCUGCCCUUGCUGAAGGUCGGCCAGGACGCCCGCAUCGCUUUCCAUGCCGUAUCCUCCCUGGUGGAUUGAAUCAUGGCAGGAGGCUGGCCCUGGACGUGCCGUCUAGUAGUUCUUGAAUUGCCCCCUAUGUGGCAGCACGUGCCGCUGAUCGGUUGAGCUCUGGCGCAGAAGAGGAGGAAUAAUAAGAGGAAGAGAAGCCCCACAAUGUGGUUUGCGCCGCUCGCGAAGGACAGAGGCCCUUUCGUUCCUGGGCGCGCAGGGGGGGGAGAGCGAGCUUGGAUCUCCUGUCCAAACGGGCGCUGGCCGAAGUGCCGUCUGGUUUAGAUCAAGCCGGAGAUGCCAUGGCUGGCUUUUCUUCGUGAAUUUGCCGAGAUGUGUCCGGAGCUGGGGCCCCCGAGGGGGCCCAGACCCUCGUCGUUCCUUGCCCUAGUCUUUGCGAGCCGCGCCGACGUCGAGAGUUCAUGCCCGUGCGCACAAUCUUUCUGUUGCCGCCCGGCCGUCUCCCUCUCGCAGGAGAGAGCACACUGCACAAACAGAAGUUUUCGGAUGUCCGC